CGAAUUUUUUUUUUAAAUUUGUAACAAAGUCUAUUCACCCCCCCCCCCCUCUAGACUUUGUAUCUCACCACUUUGGGACCACCAAUUGGUAUCAGAGCAUACUUCUCACUAUCUACUUUUAGAUUAACGAGAAGCGAUCAUAAUGGUGAACAAUAUGGAUCACGGUUUGCCCAAGUUUUCUCUUCUAGGUUAUGAUGAUUGGAAGAUCAUGAUGGAAGCACAUCUCUACGCUCUACAUGACUGCAUGUGGAUGGUGCUUGAGGAUGGACCCUUGAAAAUCCAAAUGGAGAACCCUGAGAGGAAUCCAGCUGCUCCAGAUGUAGUCCAGUACAUUCCAAAGCCCAAGGAAAAAUGGGAUGAUAGAGAUUGCAAAAAGCACAAUCUGGACAACGUCGCCAAAGCAGCCAUCUUCAAGACACUUGAUCCCAUCACCUUCUCCAAGAUUAAGCAUCUCAAGACUGCCAUGGAGAUUUGG